GUGCAACAGGGAUUUCGUUAAAAAAGAAUAUUGACAGUUAGCUCACUGCACUAAAACGUCAUUUCCCACAAUCCUGCUCGCGCGUUUGGCCGUAUUCUGUCCCUAGUGUCGCAAAUAAUAACAAACCGCGCGCGCGACUUUCACAACAAGUUUGCCUUACCCGUGCUUUUUUUUGCUAAAAUACAGUAAAAACUGGUAUAUCAAAUUAUGGAUGUCACCGCAGCCAGGUCAACGUUUUAUGGAGACAUAGGACACUGGGCUGAUCGGACUCCUCUGCAUGAAGCUGCGUCUCUGGGUCGAGCUCUCCAGUUAAAACAGCUGAUAGAGGAUGGAGCGUCUGUUAAUAUAGUGACCGUGGACAACUUCACUCCUCUGCAUGAUGCCUGCAUCCAGGGCCACCCCAACUGUGUUAAAAUACUCCUGGAGGCAGGAGCGCAGGUAGAUGUACGCACCAUUCAUGGCAGCACUCCUCUUUGUCACGCCUGUGCUGCUGGCUGCCUAGCAAGUGUCAAGCUGCUGGUGGAUCAUGGAGCAUCGAUCAACCCUUCCCUGACCGCCCUUACUGCUUCACCCCUCCACGAGGCCUGCAUAAGGGGUAACCCCGAGUGUGUGAAGCUCAUGAUCGCUAAAGGAGCGCUGCUGGAGGCCUUUGACAUUUACUUUGGGACCCCCUUACACGCUGCCUGUGCCAAAGCUCACUUUGAAUGCGCCCUACUGCUGCUCAAUGCAGGUGCUAAAGUGAAUGCUACAAAGUUCCACGAGACGGCGAUGCACCAUGCAGCGAGAGAGGAGAGGGGCGAUUUGGUGGAGCUGCUGGUGGAGUUUGGUGGAGAUGUCAAUAUAUCCGAUAACAUGGGUAACAAGCCCAGAGACUACACGAAACUUGGUUCUCCUGCCUAUGGAUGUCUGUUGCACUAUGAGAGUAACCCGUUGUCUCUUCAGCAGCUUUGCCGUAUUGUCCUGAGGACUGUAUUGGGCACCAGAGCUCUGGCGGUGGUGCCAAAACUGGACAUUUCACAUCGCAUCAUUGAUUACCUCACAUAUAAAUCUUGACUUAUUUAGGAAAAU